AUGACGAAGCGCACCAAGAAGGUCGGCAUCACCGGUAAAUAUGGUACCAGAUACGGUGCCUCCCUGCGUAAGCAGGUGAAGAAGAUGGAAGUCACCCAGCACGCCCGCUACGUCUGCACUUUCUGCGGAAAGAACACCGUCAAGCGCAAGGCUGUCGGUAUCUGGGAGUGCAAGGGCUGCGACAAGACUGUUGCCGGUGGUGCUUACACCGUCUCCACCCCCGCUGCCGCUGCCACCCGCUCCACCAUCCGUCGUCUGCGUGAGAUCGCUGAGGUCUAA